AUGGCUCAGGUACUCCAAAAUGUUUAUCGGGCGGCCUUUCCCCUAGCUAUUGGGGGUAUGCUUGUCCAGAAUUCCCUCUACGAUGUUAAGGGCGGUACACGAGCUGUCAUCUUCGAUCGAGUGUCUGGUGUGCAAGAGAAGGUUAUCAACGAAGGAACACAUUUCUUGAUCCCCUGGUUGCAACGCGCAAUUAUCUACGAUGUCCGCACGAAGCCUCGCAAUAUUUCCACCACGACGGGAAGUAAGGAUUUGCAGAUGGUCAGCUUGACACUGCGUGUGCUGCACCGUCCGGAGGUGCCGAAACUGCCGCAGAUCUACCAAUCAUACGGCACCGAUUACGAUGAGCGUGUCCUCCCAUCCAUCGGAAACGAAGUCCUGAAGUCAAUCGUGGCCCAGUUCGACGCCGCCGAGCUGAUCACACAGCGUGAAGCCGUUUCCAACCGCAUCCGUACCGACUUGAUGAAGCGUGCCGGCCAGUUCAACAUCGCCCUCGAGGAUGUCUCCAUCACACACAUGACCUUCGGAAAGGAGUUCACCAAGGCCGUCGAGCAGAAGCAGAUCGCCCAGCAGGAUGCUGAGCGCGCCCGUUUCAUCGUCGAGCGCGCUGAGCAGGAGCGCCAGGCCAACGUUAUCCGCGCCGAGGGUGAAGCCGAGAGUGCCGAUAUCAUCAGCAAGGCCGUUGCCAAGGCUGGCAGUGGACUCAUUGAGAUUCGUCGCAUCGAGGCCAGUAAGGACAUCGCUACGACUUUGGCUUCAAACCCGAAUAUCACCUACCUGCCUGGAGGAGCUGCUGGAAAGGAUGGCAGCAAGGGCACUAGCCUUCUGCUGGGUCUGCGGAGUUAA